UAGUCAGCGUGUGGAAGCUUGUCUUUGACUGUCAGAAGGAAGGGAGGGAGGGAGCUCAAGCAGGUCACAUGGAUGAAGGGGUGUGUGCUUGAGGAUGCCGACAGAGCCGUGUGUUCACACAUUUUCCAACUCCCUUCCCCCAGCUCCUUUAUUUCCCAAUGAUCAGAAAAGCAGAGCACAAAAGGAAGCCGCACAGAAUCAUCGCUGUACGUGCAAGAACAAAAGUCUACGAGGAAUAGGAGUGGACUGCUUUGCCUAGCUCUGCAUCACAUCAUGUCUCAGUCAUCGUUUGAUAAGAGAGGCUGUUAACGAUGUCAGCAACUGAAAUUGUGAAUGGGGAAAUGCCUAAAGCCAUGGCCAAACUGGGAGAGAACAUCAUCUGUAAAAUUUACAGGAAGACGAGCUGCAAAUCAAAGAGAUGAGAAGCAAAGGAGAGGCAAACCAUAGGAGGAGGAACAGCCUAGAAUGGCAGGAGCUAUAAAACGGUACAAUGAGAAAGCACACAGCAUCUAUUUGCAACAGGACUCACGAACCACAACGGUCUCAUUCAGUCCAAGCGAAAGGUUUCCACAUAUCUGGACUGAGAGUUUACUCUGAGAGGCUUGACAAAUCCAAAGAACCCAAAGAGAUCAUGCGAUGGAAGCGGAGGCACAGAUACUGCAGUAUCACACUUUUCUUCAUUGUGCUCGUGUUUGUGGGAGGCCUCGUUUUUCAGGGUCAGAGGCAUAGUCAAAUCACCAAGGAGACGCUUGCUACUCAAGAGCUCCAAACCAUUAAAACGUCGUUCAACUCCACCAUGACUUAUCCAUUAAAGCUGAAGGAGCUUGAAGAGUCCUCUAAACUACUAACGUCAAAUGAAAAUAUCAUCUCAGCUUCGGAUGAAAGUUUACAGCAGGAGUUAGAAAACUCCUCGCUUUUGAACAUCAGUUUGAACGAAGAGAUGAGAGUGGCAAGGCUACUUAAAGAUGAGCCUUAUGAGUACAUCCAUAACGAACCAUACUCAUGUCUGUUGCGAGCUCCUUUCUUAGUGCUUUUGAUUGCAGUUGAGCCCAAGAAAACAGACGCCAGGGAUGCCAUCAGGAAAACAUGGGCCAAUGAAAGUGUGGCUGGGGGUUUGGGUUUCGUCCGGCUUUUUUUCAUAGGUGUAAAUCAAGACACCCAAAGAAAUGGCAGCAAACUACAGCACACAAUAGAGGAAGAAAGUGACCGGUAUCAUGACAUCAUCCAGCAAGAUUACAGGGAUACUUACAACAACCUUACCCUAAAAACGUUGAUGGGGAUGUACUGGAUCACAAAGUAUUGUCCCGAGGCCAAAUAUGUCAUGAAGACAGAUAGCGAUAUGUUUGUCAACACCGAAUUCCUCAUAGACAAAAUCCUAAAGCCCAAAGGGCAAUGGACACAGAAGUAUUUCACAGGACUUCACAUGAUAGACUUCUCCCCAAACCGAAACAAUGAGAGUAAAUGGUAUAUGCCCCCAGAAGUGUACCCUGGUAGGCGAUACCCCACCUUUUGUUCUGGGACUGGAUAUGUCUUCUCAGGUGAUAUGGCUCGAAGGAUAUAUGUGGCAUCUCUGACCAUACCCAGACUGCAUUUAGAAGACGUUUACGUGGGUGUGUGUCUAGCUAAACUGAAGAUAGAGCCAGAGCCACCGCCAAAUGAACAUCUGUUCAACCACUGGCGAGUGCCCUACUCUAGCUGUAGGUACAGCAACCUGAUCACCUCUCAUGGGCUUCACCCCAAUGAGCUGAUCCAGUACUGGCAGCACCUGCAGAGCAACAAGCACAAUCCCUGCCAAACAACAGGGUGAAACGUUCAAUAAAUGGACAGUUUUUUUCAAAUAUAACAACCUAAAACAACCAAACCAUAGUUUUUUUGAUUAUCAUUUUUUUCAUUAUUUUAAUCUUAAUGACUGAUUUUCACAAACCUGGCUGAUUAAAUGGGUAUAAAAAUA